CAUAGGGUUUUAGUGGGGGUUUCGCUCAUCGCAGAGCUGCCGAGGCCCCGACGACUGUCCCUGAGCACAGCGGCAGAGAAAGUGCGGCAAAGCGGCCAUGGACUUCUGCCCGGCGUGCGGGAUGCUGCUGCAGAUCCAGCCGGCCACCGGCGGCCACCGCCUGCGCCUCUUCUGCCCCACCUGCCCGUACGUCUGCCCCAUCAAAAACAAGAUCGUGAAGAAGGCGAGGCUGGCCAAGAGGGAGGUGGAGUCCGCGGAAUCUGGCCCCAAGACUGAGGGUGAGCCCAAGGAAUCGCCCCCCAAGACUGACGGUGAGCCCAACGCUGAUGGUCAGCCCAAGCAAUCUGCCCCCAAGACUGAGGGUGCAUGACCAAAUUGCCAUAGCAGAGAAACAUACUUUUUGAGGAUUCAGAUUUGAUUAGGACAUCUACAAGUAUUAUGAAACCUAGGAGUAUGUGAACAUGCGAAGCUUCUUUGAUGAGCUAAUGCCGCAGCACACAACUUGCCAAAAGCCACCAAUCUUUUGCAACGUAAAGUGAUAUACAUCUGACGGUGCAGAAGCAGAGAAGCUCACUUCAAUGUUGUGUUCAUUGGACACUUUUUUAAUGCGACAUUGUAGGCUUUUUGGUACAGGGAUGUUUUUUUUUUUUGUGUGUGUGUGUGCUAGAGGUGUUGAUUUGGUGUAGUAUGAUUUUGAGUUCGUGCAUAGCUUCCGUUCUCCACCCUUGAAACUUGUAUGAGUUUGCAACAACCAAUCCUGGCCGCAGAUGGUAAUGCAUUUGUGUCUGCGACACAGGGAGCUUCCGAUUA